UAAAUUUCUCUAAUCUGUGGUCAAAUGUCAAUUCAAAGUAUUUUCGUUUACGGCUUUUAUUUAUUCGAAUUUUAAUGUUUUUUUUAGAAAUCUAUUAACAAUGUUUCGAAAUUUAUUAAUAUUGACUAUUAUAACAUUAUUAACUUUAGAAGUUGCGUUUGUUUCUGCUGAAUGCACAAUUCCUGUAGUUUUACGAAAUACAUGGUUUUCCUUUGAAAAUGGAAAGCAAACUAUUACCGAUAUAAAUGCCAGCGACAUGACGGGAAGGGGAACUUGUGUGAAUAUAAAGGCAGAUUACCAUGUUAAUUAUACAAUGGUAUUUCGUUAUACAAAUUGCUAUUAUUGUGUUAAACUGAUAGUACGGACAGUUAAUGUGCUGGAGAAGAUAGAAACACCAUGCGUUGGUAUUGGUACAAAUGAAGAACCAACUGUUGAAAGGGUUUGCCGUGGACUGAAUCCAAACCAGCAUCUUAUUACAUUGUUUUCUGAAAAUUAUGUCCCUGUUAAUUGCCGCUCAUCCCUAGAAGGUGUAUGGCAGUUUGCAUAUCAGAAUCGUUUCCGUUUCACUGGUGAAUGUAAUCAUCCUGAUGCUCAAAUCAAAUCUUGCCAGACAGCAGGCACACAGUUUCUGAUCACCAACCAGAAGUUCAAUAUUACAUACAGGAAGUGUGAAGGCAUGUCAGGGACAUUCAAUGGUGUGGUUGAAUACAGUUGUUUAGGACAUUGGUUUGUAGAUAAAAAUCACUUCUUCGCUGUUGCAAACACAAAAGAGUCCCGUAAAGAUGAGAGAUAUCGAUGCUUUCUUAAGAACAGAGAUGAUGACUUGUAUAUCGGUGCUUCUAUCACCCCUGAGUGUAACACACUAAAGACUGUUGAAAAAUCUCCUGAGAGAUAUAGAGUUACUCCCGUGAAGGCUGAAGUUGUGGAGCCAGGGUGUCGUUUACCACAAAAUUUCUCAGGCGAUUGGAUCAACACCGCUAAUAUUGAUGCAGAUGUGUUCAUCAAUGAGACACAUAUCAUUGAAACAUAUUACCCUGAUGAAAGCAGAUAUAGGCGAACAAUUUAUGUGUGCAGGGAACAACGUGACAGCAGAGUUAUGAUGGCUCGUCUCACCGUGGAUGGCUGUCAAAAAGAUUAUGUAUGCUUUGAUUUUGUUCCACAACAUCACAAUGUUAUAAGGUACCGGAAAGGUCUAGCCAUGAUUCAAAGUAAUUUCCAUACUGUUUGUUCUUGGGUACAAUUUCCCAACAAGCAACAGUGGCGAUACGAUAUUUUCCUCAAAAAAGAUCCAUCGCCAAUACGUUGUCCAGUGGCAGGCAAAUUUAACUUCACACAAAGAGGCGACGUGAGGUUUGAGACUAGGAUUCUUGGUGGUGUCACAUUAAGCCCUCGUCCAAACCUCUACUGCAAAUUAAAUAUCAGUGAUUUUUCCGUUUGUGAUACAGAUCAGAAAACAAUACAGAUAAAAGAAAACUAUUGUUUGUCCGUGGAUUAUUUGGGCAGGCCUGUGGACAUUUACAGUGAUCCUGACUAUCGCAUGAAAUGCAUCGGAUAUUGGAAAGAGAAUCUUAAGUCUUACCUUAUUACAUAUGAUGAGUUGGAUCCAUUUUCCAAGUACAGAUGUUGGGUGUAUCAGAGAGCUGAUCUGAACAGAGUACUCAUGUCUCAGGCCCUGGGACCGUACUGUGAUUUGAGACAAGAUGUCACAUCAUGGAAUUACACAGAGGGUGCUGCAGUUGCCAUUGAAAUGGAAGAAUAUGAGAGAGAGCGUGAUCAGUGCCCCAUGCACUUCGAUGACGGCAGUGACCCUUGGUCUACUAAAGAGAACUAUAUAAAAGUAUUUUCAUUUAGUUAUUCCUUUUGGAGGAGUAAUAGUGCAUCAAUAGUUGAGAUAUGUUUUGGAACAGUACUAAUGACAAUUUUUAUAACACUAAUACAAUAAUAACACGAUUUUAGAAUAUUUAUAUUUAGAAAACUCAGUCACUAAUAAGUUCUAGUUAGAUUUACAAAGCAAUAAAUUUUGAGCAGUAAAUUGUUAUAUGCUACUAAUUUCUGCUCUGAUAUUAGACUUGGUAAUAAUAUAAUUACAUAUAUUUUUGUGUUCCAUGAUGAAUUACGUGUUUACAGUAUAAAAAUACAUAUCUGUUACUUUUCUCCUAUUUGGGGUAAGAAUAUUUACAUACUUUCUAAUAUAUAUAUACUUAUAUAAAUAAAUUUUUAACCAAACUAGUGCUAGUACAAUGACAUCACAUAAUAUUUAUAAUUGUGCCUUAAUAUAGUAACAUAUCAUUUGACUGUAUUAGAUUUAGAUUUUAUAUGUAUCUGAUAAUUAAGCAGCAAGUCUCAAUGGGUGUUAAAUGGAAUCUCAAUGUUUAUUUUUAAGUAUAGUAUUUUUUUUAUUUCAAUACAAAUAAGUUUAAAUAAUACCAAUGGAAGUAUUUUUAUACAAUCAACAUGUAAAGUAUCGGUUACUUGUGUUCUAGAUUUAGAGACUUGAAAGAAGAUCUUUGAAUAUUUAAGCUAUAUUUAUAAUUAUUUUUGUGUUCUUAUAUUUAAGUAACAGGUACAUAUAUUUAGUUUCUAAAGACUAUCUUUAUAAGUUUUAUUUACGUAUUUAUUAUACAUUAGAAUCUGUGCUUGUUGUAAAUCGGAAUUGAUGAAAAAAGGUUGUUGCAAUGAACUCUUUGUCCAUUAAUAUAUUUCAUAAAUUAACAAAUUUAAUUUGAGGUAUACAUGAUUUAGAUACAUGCCAUUUUACAUAUAUCAAUCAAUAUUAUAUGUAAUAUUUUUUACUGGUUGAGUUUAGAAAUAAUUUUCUUAAAAAUUAAACAAAAUCUUAAUGUACACUUUUCCAUUUCUUUAUUGUUAUUUACUAACUUGUUUGCUUGUUUUGUGGUAACAAAUGGAACAACAAAUUUGUUAAGCAGUAUUGUAAUGUAAUACUUACAUAUUUUUUUCUUGCAAAUACCUUUAACCUUUGUAUACAGACAUUUCACAUGCUACACACAUUUUUCUUAUAAGAUACUUAAUCAUUCCUAAUUUGAUGUUGCAUUAACUCGUAGGUUUUUUAUUUUUACACAUAUUUAUUUAGAUAUUAUUCAAUUAGUAUUGACCGAAUCCGUCCAGCUGAAGUUUUACAUUUUUUAUUUAUAUUUUACAAUUUUUAUUAUAAUAAAGAUAUUUACAUUGUA